AAAUACCUAGAUUGUACAAAAUACCAUGUCAAAUUGUUAAUCUAACGACGCAGUUAUAGAAUUUAAUUAAGACGAAUGUGAAAUAUAUGAAAUGAUUUGGCAUUUGUUAGUUUUUGAUAUUGAUCCAUUAUUAUUCCUCAAAAUAAAUUAUCUACGGUAGAUUAAUUAAUAGAGUACACUCGAAAUUAUUUGUAGGUAUUCCGUAAAUAUAAGUAGGUAGAUGCGUGGAUCCCCCCUCUGUUGUUACACGUGUGGAGAUUGUGGUGGGAGUCGGCAGCAAAAUACGCAAAAUAAUUACGAUCUGAGCCAAAUUUAGUAAAUGAAAUACUUACUUCAAAUGAUUUUCAUUUUAACGUUGUACCAGUGUAGUACAAGAUACUAAAUAAUUUGAUAAUAUUAUCCGAACCAAAGUGCAUAAUUCGAUCCGAUCCCACAAUGUUCAAGUCACAAAAUGGAUCUACACCACAUAACAUAAAUAUUCUACCAGAUGAGUUACUGAUAAAUAUUUUCCAAUACCUGUCGAUCGAGUCCAUACUGGAGUGUGAAAAAGUAUGCAGUCGAUGGAAGAAACUUAGUCGAGACCUCUCGCUUUGGCGGAACCUUGUUUUUGUAUACUCCGGGAAACCAGGACAGACAGAAAUAGGAGAGAAGAACUUAGAAAUCUUAGACACUCACCGCGAAUGCAUACGAUGUCUCAAACUGCAGUAUGUGUACAGUUACUCUGAGAUCAAAUCAAUCAUUGAUCAGUGCCCUAAUAUCAUAUCUCUGGAACUUGUAAUGUGCCGUAUAGGUAAAGAAUUUGAGCAGGAUAUCACGAAGUGGCCCGACCUGAGGAAGAUUAAUCUAAAGAAUUCACUAGUUUUAAUGAACAACGUUGAAGUAUUAGUUCCUUACGAUAAUUUUAAAUAUUUGAACUAUUUGUCUUUGUCAGACUUUGGUUUGCCGGUGGAAACGCGUGAUAGUUUGCUCAGAUGUAACUAUUUAACCCACAUUUUUAUAGAAAAGGUUAAAGACCUGACUUUAGAUUAUGUUAAAAAGUUGAUAGCGAAUAAAAUGAAGAUCCUUGUCGCCCUACACAUUUAUGGGGGUGACGCUGUAGACGACGAAUGUUUGCAGAUGUUGACUAAUUGUAAUUCGUUAAAAGAUCUCGCUAUAAUACGCUGUGAAAAUCUCACUGACGCAGGACUAAUCAAACUGACUAAUUUACAAAAAAUAGAACACAUACAAAUAUGGAACAAUACUGUUUUUACUGAAGAGAAUCUGAAGCGAACGUUAUCAAGUCCGAAUUUAAUUAAAGUAGAAAGUUUAAGUUUAUCAAGAAUAGGAAAUAUUUCGCCUGUGAUAGUCGAUGUGAUCUCUGAACAUUAUAAAAAUCUUAAGUUUCUCGCCCUGUAUCAGUGUCCCAAAAUAACAAACACUGAUUACGAAAAACAGUUGAAAUCGAAAUUUCGUAACAUAGAUGUUGUUUUGUAUUGAUAUGGGGUUGUAGGAAUUUUUUGUGUUUAUAUGUUCCGAGUUCUAGUAUUUAUUAUGAAUUAAAAAAAUCAUAAAAACCACAUAAGUAUAAUUCACUGUAUAAAUAAUGGCAUAAUUGUAUCAAAUAAUUACAAUUUUCAAUGCAAUAUGACAAAAAUAAGAUAAAACUUAUUGGAUAACAUAUCUUCUAGUCUUUUUGUUAAGAGAAUAACUUUUCUUAUUGGAAAGCAUUAUUUUAUCAACAAAUACAAAAUAAUAUGAAAGUGACCUUAUGUGCUCAUAUACAAAUAUAAUUUACUACUUUAUCAAAUGAACAUGAUUACAACAUCGAUGUUUCAUUCGGUGGCUAAUCUAUGGAAGUUCUUGUUUCUCCUAACGUGUACUUUAAUACAUUGAUCUAGGGUUAUUUGUGAUGUUAUAUAACAAUACAUUACCAUUACCUACAACGAACAAA